AUGGCGGAAGAGCCGACAGUCGCAAAGCCGACGCUGCCCUCACUCCCUACCGAGAUCUUACUGGACAUCGCCGAGCUCGUCAGCGACGCGUGCGGACGGGCCGGCUUGGCCCGGGCGAGCCGUCGACUUUGCGAAGUCGCUAACCCGACUCUCUGGCGGCAUGGAGUGCAAGACAAUCUUUCGAAGAUGCUGGUCCAGGCGUCCACGACCGGAAACCUGGACAUCCUCAAGAAGUCCGUCAUCUACGGCGCCGAUAUCGAUGUCGUCCAUCCUGUUUCGAUACCAGAAGAGGCCAAGAAAUGCUACCCCGUGCCCAUCCUAAGGGAGCAGGAGAAAGAUUACCUUUUCUGGGCGGCCCCUUUGCACCUGGCUGUCUAUCACGGCCACUACGACGCCGCGAAAUGGCUCGUCUCUCAUGGCGCCGACAUUGAGGCCCCCGGGCACCUAUUCUGCGAAUGCAAAGGCUAUAGAGAUUACCUCGGCGACGGUAGCAACAUUACCAUUGGUUCCUGCUGGACUCCACUGCACUAUUCCAUCUGCCGAGAAGAGAAUUCAAUCAUCCGACUCUUGUUGUCUGCCGGAGCGUCAAUUCAGACGAUGGUUGAUCCGGACAAAAUCGGAAUCGACGACAGGUUUGACAAGAUACUCCAGGGCCUGGACCCCGAAGUCUUACGAUUCAGGUGCACCAGCCUAUCAUCAAAUGUGACAGCACUGCACACUGCCUCGGAAAAAGGGAUGAAGUGGCUCGUUACUCACCUCGUACGGAAUAUGCAGGUGAAUGUGGAAGUAACGGACAACUCGUCAAUGACGCCGCUCUUCUACGCGCUACUUUCCACCGACCCAAGCAUGAUCGACAAUCUGGUAUGGCUGGGCGCUGAUCUGAGAUGGAAGGCACUCGACGGGCGCACCCCGCUCAAGCUUGCUUUCGAUUGCAAUCUCUGGCAGUCGGCUGCAAGACUUCAAGACUUGGGAGCCAAGUUGGAUACAGAUACGCGACGGCCAUGGACAGACCUUGUGCAUUACAUCAGAUACUCAACAUUCGGCCGCAGAACUUUGCCUGGUUUGCCUGAUGAGCGUGUCAACUUGCUAUGCUAUGAGAAAGAGGACAGAAAACAUAAAGCCAUUACCAGGCUUGCUCAUAGUUUGAGGGAUGAUUGCCUGCUGAUGACAAAAUCAGGUUAUGAGGCGGACAUCAACCACACCUCAGAAGACCUGGGCGCCUCCGCAGAACUUCCCGAAAUCAAUUGCCUGGCCGUAGCCUUCAUGGCGAUCAUCGAAGAGAAUUGGUGUGGAACGAAGAUUCUGGAAAGUUUCCUCGCCAUGGGCGUCGAGCUUGACAAGGACGAACUAGCUAGGCGUGCUGAUGGUGGAAUGAACCUUGGAUUCAUAGCGCUGAAGGCAGUAACCGGACGCAAUUACAGCCCAUACAAGAUCAGGUUUCUUCUGCAAAACGGGGCCGACCCGACGAACAAAUGGAGGCACAAUGCGCGUGCCGAAACUCCCCUUCGCAACAUCCUCUAUGCACUUCACGACUGGGUUUUGUCUGGCGUGGAACACGCCUGCGAGACCCGUUCUUUCCAAACUAUGAUCGAAGUGGCGAACGAUAUCGGGAGGCACGGGGCCUGGGACUCUCCCUAUGCAAAAGAAAGAGCCAAGCUGUUCGGGAUUCUUGAGAAUAUCGAGAAAACAUCGGGUCUCUCGCCUAGGCAGCUGAGACUAAGGAACCAGUUGAGAGACAACCUCAUUGUCCCCUACCACUUGAAGGAACCCCAGCAAGACUCGACUUAG